AUGUCCCACCACCUCUCCUCCUUCUUCAAAUCCGCCGCCGGCGUAGCCGAAAAUGUCUGGGAAAGCGCGGCGAACAAUCUUUCGAAUAGUCCCAAGCGCAAUCGCGAGCGUAGUUUGACGGUUCGUCAGAGUCUUUUACAAGUUCAGCAAGGCCAGCAGACUCAGCAAGGUCCGCAAGGUCAACAAGGUCAACAAGUUCAACAAGUUCAACAAGGUCAACAAGUUCAACCAAGACGCUUGUUCCCCGCUGUAAGACCAGCGCCUGUUCCUGCUACUGCUACUCCUACUGCAGGUCAAUCUAUCGGUCUUGGUUUAGGUCUUGGUAUGGAGCUGGGUAAUCAUGAACACGAACACAAUCAUGAUCAAUCUAGCAUUCCUCGCGAAGUUGAAAAUCAAAUUCCAAACACAAGUUCAAACUCAGCCGCAACACUUCACACAACUCCAACUCCCACAAGCACAAGCACAACCCCUACCACACCUCUCACAAAGACCCUCAGCAAGACCACCCAAAAGAGCGCAACUAGCAAGGAAACAACCACUAGCACAACCAAGAGUGCAAAUAGUUAUAAUCCGCUGGUGACUACAAGUUCGACUUACACCAACCCCAGUGAGAAUUUGCCGCCGACGCCGAAUUUGAAGGCCGUGGAUGAGGUGGGGAGGUUUGCGGAUGUGGUUGCUGGUGGUGCUGGCGCUGGUGGUAUUGGUGGUGGAGAGGGAAGUACAGAAAGUGCAGCAGGAAGUACAAGUGAGGAGAUUAGUCCCGUCGAUGGACUAGGUAUGUUUGGUCCCCGACCUGGAUCUGGAUCUGCUGCAGCGAGUGCAGGAAGUAUCGGCGUCACUGCACACGAGCGAACCGAACACCCUGGAAGUAUCAAUAUGCCAACUCCCACCGUCACAGCCUCCGGAUCUCGCGUUCACAAUUAUCGAGGUAUGGAUCAUGGUCCUGUUGCGAUUCCGGGCUCGGGAUCACGAUCGGGUUCGGGCUCGGGUUUUACUACUCCAAGAUUGAGUGCUGUGGGACUGGGUACGCAAGGAGGAAUUACGCAUGGAAGAGAACGCGCUUUUACUAUUCCGAGAAAGCCGGUUCCAAUGACAAUUAGAGCUGGUGAUGCAGGUCUGGAAGUUGUUCCUUAUGGACGCGCGAUUGAGGACAUCGGAACUGGUGCUUGCAUUGUUAAUCGACAAGAAUGCAUGGAUUGGAAGGACCAAUUCGAGGGACCAGGACGAGUACAAGGUGGAGAGGAAGGAAAUAAUGAAGGUGAAGGUGGCGAGGGAGAAGAAGAGGAAGUUGGUGAGAGUGAGGAGGAGAGAAAAGAACGAUUGGAGAAGGAGAGAAAGGAGAGAGAAAAGAUGGAUCUCCUUCACGAAAACCCCCUCCUCUCCCAUCCCGUCGAACCCACCACUAUUGCCACCGGUACCCCACCCACCGUCUCUCCAACCUACAUCGCUUCUACCUCUCUAAGUUCCAAACGUCGGGGUUUCCGUCGCUCAUGGACCACCCCCAUUAAUGGCUUUAAUUUCACCAGUCUAGGUGGAAUCGGCGUUAUGGGAUUUGGAAACUCAAACCAAGAUCCAAAUGCAAAUAUGCAUGGAGGACUUGGCGAUACCGGGAUGGGUAUUGGAAUGGGAAUGGCUAUGAAUCAGAGAGGUAGUGCACGAGACAGAUAUUCCGGGAAUAGCAGCGAGGGAAUGGGUUCUAGACGAGGAAGUUUCCUACGCAGAGCAAGUGUUAGUUUUAAGGGGAUGGGAUUGGGUAUGCAGGGUUUCUUGAGGAGUACGAGUGGUGGCACUGCGGCGGGUACUGUUAGUGGUGCUGCGGAUAGAAUAGGUAUGAGUAUGGAUCAUACGCGUGAAGCUGGAAGUGGAAGUGGAAAUACGGGAAAUUCGGGAAUCGCGAGACCAGUCACCAUGCAAUCGGAAUAUAGAGGUGUAGCUGGAUAUGCGGGGGAUGAAGCUAUGGCUGUUGCACGGGAGAGAGUUGUGGAGGCGGAAACUCAACGAAGAAGAAGUCAUCGUCAAUCCAUGGUCUUGCCGAAAUUUGAAUGGGAAGAAGAGUUCAGAAGGGUCGAGGAUGAUGAUGAUGCUUAG